CUUGAAUUGACAUUAGUCUGUGGUGUCGUGCAAUGGCCGAUUGGAAAGACCGUUCCGUGGCGUAUCGCGGUCGUUUCUUUUAAGUUGUUUAAAAAGAACGUUUUCGAUAAAGCUGACUUGGAGUAAUAGUGUUAGUUACAGUGUUUUAUUAUUGGUGGUAUUGACUGUGGUAUAGAAAUUGGUGUAGACGUUUUCAAGAUCAUCGUUUACUAUUGUAAUUCGGUGUGAAAUUUUGUUAUUGAUUACGAAAGAAUCGGUUUGAUGCUGUGCAUUACACCUGGCGAAAUAAUUCCUCGCAGUCUUCCAUUUCUGCGGUUUUGAAAGCCAACGACAUCAGCCGAUAUGCGACUGAUCCGCGGCUCUAAUCGGCACCGCAGACAAGUCAACGUUGAUGCCAAAUUAAUUGCUCCACCACUUUAUUUAUCUACGUAGAUAGUAGUUUAGUUUUUUUUAAAGUUCAUUUACACGUGCGUUGUGAUAAUAACACACAUGUGAAGUGAAGUGCAAGUGCUCGUGUUAACCGCCGCGUACCGGUUCUAUCUAGUUAGUGUACUACGAGUCCGGUUGAAUCCGGUUGCGCCCGGUGAGGCCGGCGUCCGGGCCCGAUGUUGGCGGAGUCAUGGCGUUCAUGACGAAGAAGAAGCGAUACAAGUUCGAGGUGCAGUGCUGCCUCGAGGAGCUCACCGAGGUGCCCUUCGUGUCCGCUGUCCUCUUCGCGAAGGUGCGGCUGCUCGACGGCGGCAACUUUCAGGAUCAUUCUAGCAGGGAGGAGGUUCGCAAACACGCGGUGCAGUGGAACGCGAACUUCUCGUUCGUGUGCAAGAUGUGCGCGAACGCCAACACAGGUGUGCUCGAACCGGCGCUUCUACGCGUUUCCGUUCGGAAGGAGUGCAAAGGUGGCAGGUCAUACCAGAAGCUAGGGUUCUGCGAUGUGAACCUGGCGGAGCUGGCGGGCGCCGGCGAGACCACGCGGCGCUGCCUGCUCGAGGGCUACGACCCGCGCCGCCGGCAGGACAACUCGGUGCUGCGGAUACGUAUCAAGAUGAACAUGAUCUCCGGGGACCCGCUCUUCAAAGUCCCCGAGAGAAAGCAAGAGGCCACGGAGAAGACGGCCGGCGACAGCGGCUCGGAGAGCGCGGCGGCGGCCGACGACGACUGCGCCUCCUCCACCGCCAGCUCGGGCUUCGGCUCGCUCACCAAGAAGAAGAACUUCGAGGGCGCGCCGCUGCCGCCGUGCGAGCCGCCGUCGCCCGACGACGAGCCGCCCGCGCCGCCCGCGCCCCCCGCGCCGCCCGCGCCGCCCGACUACUCCGGCCUGGCCGUGUCGACGCAGAGCGCGGGCUGCGCGCAGUGCCUGCAGCAGCAGCACACUCACUCCAGGAACUCCUCCAACACGUCCGGCGACAUGAGCAGCAAGGCGUCCGGCUACGGCAGCUCCGUGUCGGCGGCGUCGGCGCACUCGCGGCAGAGCUCCGAGGGCGACUCCGUCGGGGACUCCCGGCCGCACCAUAACAGAAUAACUUCGAAGGCAGGAGAAAACGUGCGCUUAGAGCGAAUCACCACCACCACCACCACGCUGUACGUUCCCGCUGCGGGCUGCAAGCACGCGAACCGUACGCUCUCCAAGCUGCUCCUCGAGAGGACCGUCCUGAACGAGACCUCCGACCUCUACCUGUCGCCCGACACCACGCUCACGACCCCCGACGCGUAUCUCACGCCCAACGCCACCCUCACGGGCCCCCCCGACGUUAUCCCUCGCCACGCCCUCCGCUCCCCCUCCAGCGAGGAGUACAAGACCCCCGACAGCACCAUCGGCGACGAACACUCGUUCGCGAUGCCGACCUACUUCGACCGCAAGAAGAAAGCGGCCUCGAUAAUCGCGUCGGCGGUGGAGCCGCUCGCGAACUUCCAGAUAUUCAAACAGAAGUCGCUGAACACGAUACCCUCUUUGAUCGAGAGGAGCAGGAAGAACGAGGAGCUGUUCACGAACUUUCCCUUCCUGACGCCGCUCGCGCACAGGAAGAACUCGCUCGUGUCCCACUCGAACCGGCUGUCGGGGUGCGUCGAGGACGAGUUCUACUGCAUCCCGUCCGAGGCGGAGGCGGACAUCGGCUCGCUGGAGCACAUCGACGUGCGCCACCGCUUGCGCAGCCUGUCCUCCCGCGCGCUGGGCGACGCCACCUCCACGCCCCGGGGCGGAGCCCGACGCAGCUUCCCCGAGCGCGCCAGGAACCCGUCGUCGGGCUCGCUGACGGCGUCCGCGUCCGAGAGCGGCUCGCUGGAGCGCGCCCGCCUCGCGCUGGCCGCGCGCGCGCCGCCCGCCGACGACCAGCACGUGGUGUCGUGUCGCGUGGAGAACACGCGCGUGAACCCGGACUCGCUCAUCGACGAGCUGCUGGCGGCCACCGACCUCAAGCACGCCGUCGACGACGCCGCCGAGACGUCGGGGCUGCAGCUGUACAUCACGCGCGACGGCACGGCGGAGCUGGGCUCGCGCCGGCGGCAGCAGCUGGCGCGGCGGGACUACCAGCGCGUGGUGCUGCACCCGCACGACAACAGGUGCGCGCCGCACGAGCGCCCGGCCGGGCCCGCAGCGCAGUGCUGACGUGCCGUGUGUCCGCAGGUAGCCGCCGGCCAUCGCGGAGGGCGGCGAGCCCGCGCGGGAGCCCUGACGCCGGCAGCGGAGCGCCGCGGGCUCGCGCUAGGGCUCGCGGGCGACAGUAUUAAACGAGAUUCGACGG